GUAGACCAGGCUGGCCUUGAACUCACAAAGAUCCGCCUGCCUCUGCCUCCCUCAGUGCUGGGAUUAAAGGCGAGGAUAGCUUUUAACUUGGAUAGUCACUGUCUAUCUUAUUCUGAUUCGUGGAGCUAUGCUUUGUUUUUUUAUUUAAAUAUUAUGAUUAUUAGUAAUCAUGUGUGCAUGAGUGUGGUCAUGCAAGUGCCAUGGCACCAGUGUGGAGGUCAGAAGAAGACUUUCAGUAAUUGGUUCUCCAUCUACUGUGGUUUCCAGGGAAUGAACUCGGGUCGGCAUCCUUGGUGGCAAGCACUCAACCUGCUGAGUCACCUCACUGGCCCGUUAUAGUCUUUUUAUUGGUUGUAUAUUAUAUGAUACACAGUUUUUAUAUUUUUACCUCAUUAUAUCAUUCAGUGUUCUUGAUGUCGUUCAGGAGAUCAAUUCAGAGCCUGAAUCGCAGGAAGCAUUCUAUCACUGAGUCACACCAUCAGCUUCAUUCAGCGUUUUUGUUUUGUGUUUUGAGACAGGGUUUCACUUAUGUAGCUCUGGCUGUUGUGGAACUCACUAUGUAGACCACGAUGGCCUCGAACUCACAGAGAUGCGCCUACCUUUGCCUCCAAGCCCUGGGAUCUUAGGUAUGUGCCACUAUGCCCAGCUUCCGGCAUAUUUAUAGUGACACCAGUUUUGUGCUGGUCUGGGAUGAAGUUUUCAUUUGUACUGACAUUUUUGGUGCUGUAGAAAAAACGUGUGCAUGGAAUUUGAUAUCCUUCGAGCUGCCUCUUGUUUUUCCACCUUGUAGAAAAUCUGUUCGUUUAAAGGAUAAGGUUCUUGAUUCCACUGCUCUCGUGAGGAUAGUCCUCACGAGCUAGAAAUUUUUAGUGAUUUUUUUGCGAAGUGGUGCAGCCGGGGAUACGUGCACCGGGGUUGGGAUGAGGUGAAGAGGGGCUUUUUAUUGACUCAGAAACGCACUUUUUCCAAAUUUGCUCUCCUAAAAGCCUAGACCUUCCCAAGCAGGAUUGGACAAGCUCCUCCAGCACACUCAGCCUGCAACCUCACUUCCUCGAAUUUUUUGGAUAGGAGUCGUUUUCUUCAUCCUUUGUACACAGUCCCCGCAUAGGAGGUGAACAUCAGGAUAAUCAGGGCAGUUGCUACCGAUGGAUAUUUAAAAAACACUUAAAAGCUCUUUCUUGCCUCUGAGGGGGGAAUCACAGUAGUGCUUUUUCCUACAGUUGGGCCAGUGUGUUCAACCUAGCGAUCGCCGGGCCCGCGGGUCCUGAGAUACAGACAAAGAGGUGUGAAGGGUUAGACUUUGUUUUUGUUGCUCCCCAAAAUGCAAGGAACAGCAACAAAAAGUACAGCAAUCCAAACCCAUCUCCUGUCGGCGUCACUGGAGCACUUCCCUGUGGUGGGGAGGACCAGGGCGCUGCGCAGGCGCGGGGCGGCGGGUGGCAGAGGGCGUGGCCGCCGUGUCCAUUUUGCUGUGGAGCUGCCGGCUGCAAUCCGCGGAGCAUUCUCUAGUUUUACAGUCAAAACGUGGGGGGAAAAACAAAAAUCAGGUUUUCCCAGAGAAAUAUUAACCUCACCGAAAGCACCUGCUUGCCGGGGACAGAGGAUGUGAUGGAGCUGCUUGAAGAAGAUCUCACGUGCCCAAUUUGUUGCAGUUUGUUUGAUGAUCCCCGAGUUUUGCCCUGCUCACACAACUUCUGCAAAAAAUGUUUAGAAGGGCUCUUAGAGGGGAAUGUGCGGAAUUCAUUGUGGAGACCAUCUCCUUUCAAAUGUCCUACCUGCCGUAAGGAAACUUCAGCAACUGGAGUCAAUAGUCUGCAAGUUAAUUACUCCCUAAAGGGUAUUGUGGAGAAAUACAACAAAAUCAAGAUUUCUCCCAAAAUGCCAGUGUGCAAAGGACACUUGGGACAGCCUCUCAACAUUUUCUGUGUAACUGAUAUGCAGCUGAUUUGUGGGAUCUGUGCUACAUGUGGCGAUCACACUAAGCAUGUCUUCUCUUCUAUUGAAGAUGCCUAUGCUCAGGAAAGGGAUGCCUUUGAGUCCCUCUUUCAGAGUUUUGAGACUUGGCGCCGGGGAGAUGCUCUUUCCCGCUUGGACACUUUGGAAACAAACAAAAGGAAAUCCCUACAGUUGCUCACUAAAGAUUCAGAUAAAGUAAAGGAGUUUUUUGAGAAGUUACAGCACACAUUAGAUCAAAAGAAGAAUGAAAUCCUGUCUGACUUUGAGACUAUGAAGCUUUCAGUUAUGCAAGCCUAUGACCCAGAGAUCAACAAGCUCAACACUAUUUUACAGGAGCAACGGAUGGCCUUUAACAUUGCCGAGGCUUUCAAAGACGUGUCAGAACCUAUUAUAUUUCUGCAACAGAUGCAGGAGUUCAGGGAGAAAAUCAAAGUAAUCAAGGAAACUCCUUUGCCACCCUCUAAUUUGCCCACAAGCCCUUUAAUGAAGAACUUUGAUACCAGUCAGUGGGAGGACAUUAAACUAGUCGAUGUGGAUAAGCUUUCUUUGCCUCAAGACACAGGCGUGUUCAUUAGCAAGAUUCCCUGGCGCUCCUACCAGUUGUUGAUGGUCGUAGUUCUGCUGGGUCUCCUCAUAUUCUUUGGUCCUACCAUGCUCCUGGAGUGGUCUCCAUUGGAUGAGUUGGCAGCUUGGAAAGACUAUCUUUCAAGUGUCAGUUCUUACCUGACUAAAUCGGCUGAUUUUGUAGAACAUUCUGUUUUUUUCUGGGAACAGAUGACAGAUGGGUUUUUCAUUUUUAGUGAAAGAGUCAAAAAUUUUAGUUUGGUGGCACUGAACACUGUUGCAGAAUUUGUGUGCAAAUAUAAACUACUAUAAAAUCUUUCAACUACA